CGCCACCCUUUUCCAUCCAUCAUCAUCUUCAAACAACAGGCUCCCUCAGAACUGUUUUUAGCUCCUGAAAGCGAUUUAGGGUAACCCUGCCUGUGAAACUGCAGCAGGGGAAACAGCUUGUGCCCAAAAUUACAGAGCAGCAGUGACUGGUUUAUGGCUCUUGCUUUCAAUACAUUGCUUAUUGAUCAUCCAAACGGCCAAAUUGAUCAUCCAUGUGAUAGGAAAUUGAAAAGAAAUAUUCAAGUUGUGUAUUGCAGUCCCAUUGAAGCAAGGAAAAGAAAUACAUACUCCUACAUUAAACAAUUCCAAGUCAAGCUAAUCCUAAUUUCCGGUAGGAGUUUAGUCCUCACACUCAAAAUCAAAGAUAUAAGCAAAACUCACCUCAAUCCAAUUGGCUCGACGAAGGGAGGCAGAAGAAGGAAGGCCUGAGAUGGAUUUCCACAAGGAAGAGCUGGAUUUACUACUCGUCCCUCUUGCGUUGGCUAUCUUAUUCAGCUACAACCUCUUCCUUCUCUACAGAUACCUCAAUCACCCUCACAGCACCGCUAUCGGCUUCCAGAACAACGACAAGAGAGCUUGGGUCGAGAGAAUCAUGCAGGGCGACAAGGACGAUGUUGCCAUCGCUCUCUCAGUAAUUUCAUCGAACACCUCGGCUGCAACUGUCCUGGCUUCAAUCUCCCUAACCCUCAGCUCUCUGAUUGGCGCCUGGCUCGGUGGGAACUCCCCCAACGUCUUCCAGAGCGAGCUGAUAUACGGCGACACAAGAGCCUGCACGCUAUCAAUCAAAUACAUUAGCCUGAUGCUCUGCUUCCUCCUCGCCUUCUCCUGCUUCGUUUCCUCGGCGACGCAUUUCGUCCACGCCAACUACCUCAUUAGCAUCCCCAGCAGCGACGUCCCCGUGAAGAGCGUGGAGUCGACGGUGAUACGCGCCGGCGAUUUUUGGUGCCUGGGACUCCGAGCUUUGUACUUCGCGCUGAAUCUGUUGAUGUGGUUCUUUGGGCCGGUGCCCAUGUUCGUUUCGGCCGUGAUCACAGUGGCUAUUCUCUGCUCCGCCGACGUCAAUUCCAAGCCGCUGCAUCAACACUUGCCGGCGCCGCCAAGGGCCCAGAUGAUGAGAAGGGUUGUUCACCCCAAAAGCCCGGCGAGCGUGGAGUUUUUGUAGUGGGCUGGGCUGAUAGCAUAAAGGAAACCCUGUUCACUUCCAUUUUCGUUUCCUGUUUUUUGUUUUCAUGUGAUAAAUUUCACAACCGAAAUGAGAAAACUUGUUUACUUUUCAUUCUGUUUUCUAUUCGUUUCCAACCAUGAAAACAGAAAGUGGCAACUUCCUGCUGUUUUCGGAAACGGCAAAAUGUUGUUUUCACCUGUUUUCAACAUCUGUUUUCUCAAAAACAGGAAACAGAAAUUAAAGUAAACAGGCCCUUAGUCUCGCAACUUGUUUUUCUGUAAUUUUACCUUUCUUUUUCUGGUAAGGCUUUUCCACGUCAAUGAAAAUAUUGAAUUAGA